AAAGGAGGAGCAAGAGGAGAAGAAGAGGCAACAGGAGGGAGUCUCUUCCAGGCGGUGUCCUCAGGGAAGAGUGCUGCAGAGUCUUUGGUGGAUGACUGGCUGGAUGGCUACAAGCAAGACAAGGAGGCUGGGUUCCUGGAGCUGGUCAACUUCUUGGUGCAGUCAUGUGGCUGCAAAGGUACGGUGACUUUGGAGAUGCUCAGAGGCCUUCAGAAUUCGGAGAUCAUCCAGCGGCUGACGGAAUCCUUUGAUGAGGAAUCAGCUGAGUACCCGCUGUCCCUGAACAGCCUUGCCUGGCGGCGCUUCCGGGUGGGCUUCUGUGAGCUGAUCGCAGUCCUGGUGCGCCGGGCCCAGCAUGGCGUGAUCUACGACGAGUACCUGAUGGACAGCCUUGUGGCCCUGCUGACUGGCAUGUCUGAUUCACAAGUGCGUGCUUUCCGCCACACCAGCACCUUGGCAGCCAUGAAGCUGAUGACAGCCCUGGUGCACGUGGCCCUGAGCGUCAGCGUGCAGAAAGACAACCGUCAGCGGCAGUACGAGGCUGAGCGGGCCAAGGGACUCAACCGCAGGGCCACAGAGAAAAUGGAAGAGCUGCUGGAGCAGCGCAGAGAGUUUCAACAAAAACAGGAAGAGCUUGAGAGCCUGAUGAACGCCAUCUUCAAGGGUGUCUUUGUCCAUCGCUACCGCGACCUGGUCCCUGAAAUCCGUGCCAUUUGCAUUGAGGAGAUGGGCCAGUGGAUGCAGCACUACAGCACCUCCUUCCUGACGGAUGGCUACCUCAAGUACAUUGGCUGGACGCUGCAUGACAAGCAAGGGGAGGUCCGCCUCAAGUGCCUGCUGGCUCUGCAAGGGCUCUACCGCAGCCAGGAGACAGCGGCCGGCAUGGAGCUCUUCACCAGCCGCUUCAAGGAGCGGAUGGUGUCCAUGGUGCUGGACAAGGAGCUCCAGGUGGCAGUGGAGGCAGUCCGGCUGCUCACCCUCAUCCUCCAGAACAUGGAAGAUGUGCUGACCGACUCAGACUGCGAAAGUGUCUUCCCGCUAGUCUAUGCUUCUGGCCGCCCCUUGGCUGCUGCCGCAGGGGAAUUCUUAUACAGGAAGCUGCUGGCACCUGCAGCGCAUGCCAGCGGAGAGGCCGAGGGACGCACUGAGGACUCCCGCACCUUCCUUCAGUCUCUGCUCCGCUUUUUCAUUGAAAGUGAGUUCCAUGACCACGCAGCCUAUUUGGUGGACAGCCUGUGGGACUGCUCAGCUCCGCUCCUGAAGGACUGGCCGGUGCUGACUGGGCUCCUGCUGGAGGAGCCCCCCCUGGAAGGACUGGGCGACCGGCAGGAGGGUGCUCUCAUCAUGAUCUUAGUGGCCAGCAUGCGCCAGGCCACAGAGGGGCAGCCGCCUGUCGGCAGGGCCUCUGGGAAGAAGGUCGUCUCUGCCCGGGAGCGCAAGACGCAAGCGGAGGACCGCCGGAGGCUCACCCAGCACCUCAUCCCGCUGCUGCCUCAACUGAUCGCCAAGUUCUCUGCUGACGCUGAGAAGAUGGUCUCCCUGCUGGAGGCUCCCGGCUACUUUGACCUGGCCCUUUACAGCACGGGGCGCCUAGAGAAGUACCUAGAGCUGCUCCUGGUGCAGUUGCGGGAAGUGGUGGAGAAGCACUCAGAUCCAGAGGUGUUGGGAGCCGCCUCCCGCGCGCUGCACCUGCUCUGCCGCCCGGAGCUGCCCUUCUUCAGCCGCGCAGACUUUGCCCGCAGCCGCCUGGUGGACCACCUGGCAGACAAGUUCCAGCACAAAGCCAAAGAGCUGCUCCAGACUUCCUUCUUGGAAGAAGAGGAGGCGUACAGCAUGGCUGCCACUCUGAAGCGCAUUGCCAUCCUCUACAGUGCUCACGAUCUGUCUCCGUGGGGUUUCUUUGAGCCCUGCAUGCGCCUCCUCCACCAUGCAGUGGACACAGGAGAGGUCCCCCAGGAGGUGGUGACCUCGGCCAUGACCUGCUCCCACUUCUCCCUUCUCUGGGAACUGGCCCAUCUCUCAGGUUCGGCCGCUGAGCUUCCUCCCAGCCAGGAGCAGCUGCUGAACCUCAAAGAGAAAGUGGAGUCCUUCUGCUCUCUUUGCCAGAAUUGCCUCAUGGAUGUGGAUUCCAAGGUCCAGGAGCAGGCCUUUGUGCUCCUGAGCGACCUCCUCCUCAUCUUCAGCCCACAGUCGACCCAAAGAGGAGGAGGAGGAAGCAAUGAGGGCCUGGCGGCUCUGACCUAUCAAGCGGACCCGGCUCUGCACUCUCAGAUGGCGGGGUUCCUGGUAGACCACGUCUUCAACCACUGCCAGGAUCAAGGUCAGGGAGGGGAGGACAGCGAAGCGCUCCACAUUGAGCGCCUGCACCAGCGUCGCAACCUCCUGGCUGGGUUCUGCAAGCUGGUCAUCUAUGGGGUGCUGGAGCUGAGCGCUGCCUCGGAUGUCUUCAAGUACUACGCCAAGUACUACAAUGACUAUGGGGACAUCAUCAAGGAGACGCUGAAUCGGGCCCGCCAGAUCGACCGGACAGAGUGGGCGCAGACCCUGCUCCUCAGCCUGCAGCAGCUGCUGACCGAGCUGCUCCUGGAAAAAGGGCCCGCAGGCAUGGAGUCGGAGGCCUUCCAGGAGAUCCGGGACCUGGCGCGGCGCUUCUCCCUGCUCUUUGGGCUGCAUCAGCUCCAGAACCGCUCGGCCCUUGUGGCUCUGCACAAGGCAGGGAUCAAGUUUGCCUUCCAGGAGGCGGCCUCCCCGAGCGCCCAGCUGGGCCUGGUCCACCUGCCCUUCCUGGAGCUGUUGAGCGAGUUCUCCCCGCGACUGAUGCAUCCCGACAAGGCCCUCCUCUUGUCCUACCUGAAGAGGUUCUGCCCGGCUGCUCAGCCUGAGGAGCCCCACUGGACCUCCUUCCUGGUCUACCAGCGUUCCCUGAGCCCCCAGGCAGAGGAGCGGCCCAAGUCGGCCGCCAAGAGGAGCCGCCUGGACGGGUCCUCUUCCUCUGAGCUGCAGGCUAUUGAUGCCAGCCUCCCCUCCAGCAGAAUCAGCAGCCGCAUGCAGACCCCACUGCUGACCUCCACGGCCCUCAGGGUCAAGGGCCAGGCAAAGGGGGGCCUCCAGCCGAAGGGGCAGGUGGACUCCGAGGGCUCCGAGUCAGACUUUGUGCUCAGCAGCAGCCACACUCCGCUGCCCUCCCAGGGGAGGCCCCCACGCAGACACCACCUGCAGCCACAGCUGCCCAUGAAGAGGGACCACAGUGGGCUCCUUCUGGGCCGAAGACCAGACCGGCAGCAGCUGAUGGAAGCUGAAGAGGUCCUGAUCGAGAGCCUAGAGAGCAGCGAGGUCGAGGAGGAAAAAGAUGACGGCUUUGCCUCUGGACAGAACGACUGA